AUCUCAGCAAAUUUAGAGAAAAAUGCUGAGAAAUUGGAAAACUUGGUGUCGUGUUUGUGCCAAAGUUGAAUUUCAAGGAAGUCAAGAUACAGAGAAUGCAGUUGAGAGAACCAGAAGCAAACUAGACAUCGUCAACAAAUAUUUCAUGAUUUCUCUGCUUCCCUUCGCUGGGCCACAAACGUCGAUUUGCGAAAGCUGCAGUGAAUUUCUGUCCAGAGUUGAUGCAUUCAAGGAUCUCUGUAUGAAGACAGAUGAGAUGUUUAGAGAGUUGUUGUUGCAAGAGGAGACUUCAGAGGCAUUUCUUACAUCUAUUCGCAUCAAAUUCGGCAUUGAUAUUGAGAUAAAGGACGACAAAUUCAGUAUUGACACCGAGAUUAAGGAGGAAGAAGAGUCGGUUGAUGAUUUUGAUCCUCUCUUCGAUUGCAAAGUUGCGAGUGAAGUAGAGCAGGACGAGGAGAAGACUGACAAGACCAAAUCUGAUAUCGAUGGUCUUGUUUGCAAGUUCUGCUCAAAGAAGUUUGCCCGGAAAUUGUUGCUUUAUGAACAUGUGUUAACGAAGCACGAGCCGGGCAAAAUGAUCCACAAUUGCGGUGUGUGCUCCAAAAGGUUCUGCUCAGAGCGAAGACUACGUAAACAUCAAAUCACUCAUUUGCCCAAGAGUGAGAGGAUUUUUUAUCCAUGUCCACAGUGUGACAAGAGGUUUAGAAGCAGGGCAACGAUGGAAGUACACAGGAAGGCACUUCAUAUUGAAGGCAAGAAAUUCAUUUGUGACCAGUGUGGGAAAUCCUACUUGACAAAGUCCGGCCUGAAUAAGCACAAUAUUAGUCACACGGAGGACAGAACGUGUUCUCAAUGUCCACAUCUAACGUUUGCUCACAAACGACUCUUCACUGACCACAUAAAGACACACCAAAAGCUUAAGAACACAAACGGGAGUCAGUGGGAACGACAAUUUGUCUGCGCUUUCUGUUCGAGGGUCUUCUAUCGUAAAUUCUCCCUAAGAGAUCACAUUUUCACGAUGCACGUGAAGAGCGGUCUGGCCUUUGCCUGCUCUAAAUGCCCCAAGCGAUUCGCCACGAACCGUAGUUUGUAUUUUCAUGAGCGCACACACUUGCCAGAUGCAGAGAGACGCAUUCAUCGAUGUCCCUGUUGCGAGAAGAUGUUCCUGAAUAAGUCCGGCUUGAAAACUCACAUUGAUGCAGCUCACAUUGGCGAAAAGCCCUUCACGUGCGAAGAGUGUGGCAUAUCAUUCGUCACCAAAGCACGCCUCACUGAGCAUCAAGUUGCCCACAGAAAAGAACGACCGUAUCAGUGCUCGUCCUGUUCCAAGGCAUUCAAAACUCUGAAGUAUCUGAAGAACCAUAAAAAAUGCCACGAAGUCGAAGGUGUCGUUUGUCCACAUUGCGGACUAACACUGAAGAACAAAGCAACUCUCAAGCUUCAUUUGGUUGUCCAUUCGGAUGUGAAGAAAUACAAAUGCCAUCACUGUGGAAAUGAGUACAAAAGAGUCCAAACAUUUAGGGUAAGUUGCCAUGAAGUAGCUAAAAUACGGAUUUUACAUUAUAAUUUAUUUCAGGAUCACCUUAUAUCACACACGGGACAGCGACCUUAUCAGUGUCCUUUCUGUGAUAAAACCUUCGCGAAUGGAUCAAACUACCGCAGUCACAAGAGAAAGGUGCACCCAGCCGAAGUGGCUGCUCUUGAAGCGGCAGGAGAGCAAAUAAGGCCAUCAAAUAUCCCGCGACUUGAGCACUUGCAACCGCAAUCUAAGAAUUAGUGUAUUUCCAUAAACUA